ACUCGCCGAGCGGCCGCCGAUCUCCUCCCCGAUCCCUUCGAGGGACCAGGAAGGGAACUGAGGACGCCGCUUGGUAUCCCUCCGCCGGGGUCACCCCCUCCCCUCCGUGGCAGCAGGAACUAAUUCCCCUUCGGGUCACCCGGGCUCUAGACGUGGGGACUUCGCGGAUCGCGGCUUCCCUGGCACCCCCCCGGGAAGAAGGGACGGCCCGCACCAGUUAGAAAGCCCCCGGCCAUCUCUCGAGAGCGGGGUUCGAUUUAAACCAGGGCUUUAGCCCCAUGACCCCACUCAGGCCCCGCCCCUUCCUGGUUGUCCUAGCGACGGCGGUGGCGUCCCAAGAUGGCGUCGUGGCUGCCGGAGACUCUGUUCGAAAUUGUCGGACAAGGCCCGGCGCCGAGCAAGGACUACUACCAGUUACUGGUCACCCGUUCUCAGCUAAUCUUUAGAUGGUGGAGGAUCUCUCUGAGGAAUGAGUAUCGAUCAACAAAACCUGGAGAGGCUAAAGAAACUCAUGAAGACUUCCUGGAGAAUUCACAUCUUCAAGUUCAGAUUGCCUUAAUAUUUGGUGCUGGAAUAUUAGACUAUGUCUUCAACUUGUGCAAAGGCAAAUUUGACUUCCUGGAGCGGCUCUCAGACACUUUGCUCCUGCGCAUCAUCUCUUACCUGGACCUGGAAGAUCUUGUCCGUCUUUCUCAGACAUCCCGCAGGUUUGCCAAGUUGUGCGCCUCGGACAAGCUGUGGGAGCGGAUAGUUCGGUUGGCCUGCGACACCAUCACCCCUGACAUGAAGACCCUGGCAGAGAACGUGGGCUGGAAACAGAUGUUCUUCACCAACAAGUUCCAGUUCCUGCGGCAGCUCCGCAAGCGGAAGCAGAGGCAGGGCACCCAGGGGGAGAAGCGGCUGUAG